GGCAUUUUGCAGUCUCUGUUUUUUCUAGAGCGCGAAACAUCUAACAGGUUCAUUUAGUAAGAUAGAGGAUCUUGUUUAUUCAAGAUGCCUCUUACGACAGAGCAAAUAAAACUUAUGGAAGAAAAUCGUCGCAAGGCAUUAGAAAAACGUGCUGCUGCAAAAAAAUCUGAAGCAAACCAGCUUAUGAACCAAAGCAACGUUUCUGCAGGAAAUGUAACUUUUACCCCAUCCUCCCCAUUUAGCUCGUCAGCAGUAAAAAAUAAUGCAAGCACUUCCUCUUUUUAUUCAAAAUUCCUACCUAGUACUGGGGGAAAAUCAACAUCAAGCACCCCAGCUUCGGUUUCUAAAUUGCCACCAAAAAAUCCAAAGUACACUCCUUCAACCAAUUCCACUAGACCAAUUGCAUCAUUUCAACUGGUUUCAAGGAAAAAGUUUUGUGUAGAAGCACCCUUUGAUAAUGAAAUGAUUGAAAUAUUCAAAAAAUUCCCUUCGAAGUCUUAUGAUCCUGUUACCAGAAAGUGGACUUUUUCCUUGGCUGAUCAUCAGAAAAUACUUGAAAGUCUCAACCCUUUACUUACAAGAUAUCAACUACAACCUUUACCAAAAUUUAUAUUAGAUAUUUUCAAAAAUUCACCCCCCGAAAGAAACAUACCAGAGGUUGAUAUCAGCAGCAUAGACCCCAAGCUAUACCAUGCUUUGCUACCUUUCCAGAGACAGAGUGUUUAUUUUGGAAUUCACCUACAGGGAAGAAUACUUAUUGCAGAUGAUAUGGGACUGGGUAAAACAUUGCAGGCACUUGCUCUUGCACAUUACUAUCUUGCUGAUUGGCCUCUGCUGAUUCUGACACCGUCUUCCAUGAAAUUUGCGUGGGAUGAAGCUGUUAAAAUAUGGUUACCUAGUGUCCCCCUUCAUCAUAUUCAAGUUAUUUGUUCAGGAAAGGAUUUCAUUGACAAAGAAGUUUCAGUAACAAUUUGUUCAUACGAUCUUUUAACGAGAAGACUGAAAGAUUUAGAAGCCAUAAAUUUUAAAACCAUUAUAUUUGAUGAAAGUCACCUCACGAAAACUAGAAAUUCUAAAAGAGCCACCGCCGCUUCCUCAAUUAGCGCACAAGCAAAGAGAGUAAUACUACUUUCUGGAACGCCCGCUCUUUCCCGACCUGAAGAGCUAUUCAGCCAGCUGCAAAUCUUAGAAAGAAAGCCGUUCACAGGGACCUUCCAUGCUUUCGGGUUGCGCUACUGCGGAGCCAAAGAAACGAGUUUUGGCUGGAAUUAUAAUGGGGCCACCAAUAUGCAGGAGCUACAACUAAUCCUAGAAGAAAAAUUUAUGAUAAGACGUCUGAAAAGCCAAGUCCUUUCACAGUUGCCAUCUAAACAAAGGCAAAUGAUAAUACUUGAUCCUGGUUCCGUCAAACGUGAUACGUCGGAAAUGAAUUCGUUAGCAAAGAAUAUGACAAAUGAAUUCGCCAGAGCACUGGAAAAGAGAGGCGCACUUUUAUCUUACUACUCAGAAACGGCGAAAGCCAAAAGCAAAGCUGUUUGUGACUACAUCGUAGACUUACUGGAGAACGGCAAGAAGUUUCUUUGUUUUGCUCAUCACCAGGUUUUGUUGAACGAUAUUAGCCACUGCAUCGAACAACAAUCAAAAGAGUAUAUUCGAAUUGACGGAUCGGUCUCUUCCGACGACCGAAAGAAAUUGUGUGAUAAUUUCCAACUGAAGGACAGUGUACGAGUUGCUGUGCUAUCCAUCACCGCCGCCAAUACAGGGUUAACGUUAACGUCAGCCAAUCUAGUCGUCUUUGCUGAAUUGUUUUGGAAUCCUGGUAUUUUAACACAAGCUGAGGAUCGAGCUCAUCGCAUUGGCCAACAGGAUAGCGUAGUAGUUCAAUAUCUGGUGGCCAAAGAAACUGCGGACGAUUAUCUUUGGCCGCUGGUUCAAAGCAAGCUGGAUAUUUUGAGCAAAGCCGGCCUCAGUAAAGAAUUUCAUGAAGCGGAUACGAGGCAUCUUUCGAAUACCAAGGCUUCUGCUUCCGUUAUUGACUUCUUGGAGGAAUUAUCGCAAGAGGAUUUAUCGGCAGUGAAUGAUGCUGAAAAACAAAAUAGCAGUGUUGGCGAACCGGAGAACAAAAGAUCCAAAACAUACUAAGGCAAGUUCUUGUUAAAUUCUUAACUUUUACUGGGCGUUUCUCGAAAUUAUUGGGGUCAGAGUUUGAAAUUGAAAUGAGAAUAUGUAUUUUUUUGAAUAAUGUCACUUCCAAGUCCGUUUGCAUGUAUUCAAUUAAGGCACAGACGUCAACAGCUUUUUUCAAAAUAAAUGAAAGGGUUUAACAGAGAAA